AUGGCUGGGCCGCCGCUCCACGGCUGGCUGCGGGGCUGGUGGAUCGCCGGAGUCGGCUUGGCGGCGCUCGCCUCCUUCCCAGGCCUCUGGGCUCAGUCGGUGCUCGUCAACGACACUGUCUCAGGGUUCAUUGGGACUGACGUGAUCCUGCACUGCAGCUUCACCAACCCCAACCCAACCAAUGUGAAGAUCACGCAAGUCACGUGGCAGAAGGCCACCAACGGCUCCAAGCAGAACGUGGCCAUCUUCAACCCCAACAUGGGCGUCUCCAUCCUGGCCCCAUACAAAGAGCGGGUGCUCUUCCAGAGCCCAUCCACCAAGGAUGGCACCAUCCGACUCUUGGGCCUCGAGCUGGACGAUGAAGGGGUCUACAUCUGCGAGUUUGCAACUUUCCCCAGUGGCAACCGGGAGAAUCAGCUCAAUCUCACUGUGUUCGCCAAGCCUAUAAACCGGAUGGAGGCCACCACAAGCCCCUUGAUUGCCAGGGUCGGCAUGACGGAGAAGAUCUUGGUGGCCACUUGCGUCUCCUCCAACGGGAAGCCCCCCAGCACUGUGACGUGGGACACCAAGCUGAAAGGCGAGGCAGAGUUCCAGGAGAUCCGCAACAGCAACGGCACCAUCACGGUGAUCAGCCGGUACCGCCUGCUGCCCAGUCGGGAGGCCCAUCGGCAACAGCUCACCUGCGUGGUCAAUUACCAGGUGGAUCGUUUCACCGACAGCAUGACCCUCAACGUGCUGUACGAGCCUGAAGUGAAAAUUGACGGUUUUGACGGCAACUGGUACCUCAACCGGAAGGAUGUCAAGCUGACGUGCAUCUCAGAUGCCAACCCUCCACCUACCCAGUACCAAUGGAGGCUAUUGAACGGGUCGCUCCCCGAAAACGUGGAGGUCCAGAACAGCACGUUGUUCUUCAAAGGCCAGGUCACCUACAGCCUGGCGGGGACGUACAUCUGUGAGGCCACCAACACGAUCGGCACGCGCUCCGGCGUGGUCGAAGUCAAUGUCACAGAAUUCCCCUACACCCCGUCUCCACCUGGCACAUCUGUGGCGCAGUCGACCAUCCCCACAGCCGUGAUUGGGGGCGUGGUGGGCGGAGUCUCGUUGGUCGUGGUGGUUGCCGUGGUGGUCUUUGUGGUGCUCCGGCACCGGCGCCACACCUUCAAGGGCGACUACAGCACCAAGAAGCACGUCUACGGCAACGGGUACAGCAAAGCGGGCAUCCCCCAGCAUCACCCGCCCAUGGCGCAGAACCUCCAGUAUCCCGACGACUCGGAUGACGAGAAGAAAGCCGGCCCGCUUGGGGGCAACAGCUACGAGGACGAAGAGGAGGAUGGCGCCGGGGGCGACCGGAAGCUGGUGGCCGGCCCCAACAAGUACGACGACGACUCUAAGCGGCCUUACUUCACGGUGGACGAGGGCGAGGCCCACCCCGAGGCCUACGACGAAAGGACACUUGGUUUCCAGUAUGACCCCGAGCAACUGGACAUAGCCGAGAACAUGGUCUCUCAGAACGAUGGAUCUUUUAUUUCCAAAAAAGAGUGGUAUGUGUAGCUUGUUCCCAC